AUGUGUUUUCUUGCAUCAUCUGGUCUUCAUCCGACCUUUCAGACUCCUUCUGGCCCUCUUCAUCCUGCAUUGUUUCCUCUUCUGACGCUUCCUUCUAUUUUUUUCUUUCUUUACUCGCAUUCUCUCUUUCCAUUGUCUUUUCUCUUUCUCUGGCGACCUUCAUUGUUCCCUUCCUUCUCUCUCUCCUCGUUGUUUUUAGCCCUCUUCUCUCCCAUUCUCUUCAGUGAUUUUAGCCCCCACUCUUCUUUCUCUUUUACUCCUCCCUUUCUUAGUCUCGACUGUUUUACUCUUUCUCUCUCUCAUUCACACUUUCUCAACUAUUUUUCUUCCCACAUUCCCAUUCUCCACUAUUUUCUUCAUCCAUUUUCUCUUUUCAGUUUUUCAACCAUUUUCUCUGUCUCCAUCUUUGCCGUUUUUCUUCCUCCUCUCCGCGUUCGCCGUUUUUCUUCCUCCUCUCCGUCUUCGCCGUUUUUUUUCCUCCUCUCCGUCUUCGCCGUUUUUUCUUCCUCCUCUCCGUCUUCGCCGUUUUUUCCCUCCUCUCCGUCUUCGCCGUUUUUUCCCUCCUCUCCGUCUUCGCCGUUUUCUUCCCUCCUCUCCGUCUUCGCCGUUUUUUUUCCUCCUCUCCGUCCGUCUCCUCCGUCUUCGCCGUUUUUCUUCCUCCUCUCCGUCUUCGCCGUUUUUUCUUCCUCCUCUCCGUCUUCGCCGUUUUUCUUCCUCCUCUCCGUCUUCGCCGUUUUUCUCCCUCCUCUCCGUCUUCGCCGUUUUUCUUCCUCCUCUCCGUCUUCGCCGUUUUUCUUCCUCCUCUCCGUCUUCGCCGUUUUUCUUCCUCCUCUCCGUCUUCGCCGUUUUCUUCCUCCUCUCCGUCUUCGCCGUUUUCUUCCUCCUCUCCGUCUUCGCCGUUUUUUUCCCCUCCUCUCCGUCUUCGCCGUUUUUUCUUCCCUCCUCUCCGUCUUCGCCGUUUUUUCUUCCUCCUCUCCGUCUUCGCCGUUUUCUUCCUCCUCUCCGUCUUCGCCGUUUUUCUUCCUCCUCUCCGUCUUCGCCGUUUUUCUUCCUCCUCUCCGUCUUCGCCGUUUUUCUUCCUCCUCUCCGUCUUCGCCGUUUUUCUUCCUCCUCUCCGUCUUCGCCGUUUUCUUCCUCCUCUCCGUCUUCGCCGUUUUUCUUCCUCCUCUCCGUCUUCGCCGUUUUUCUUCCUCCUCUCCGUCUUCGCCGUUUUUCUUCCUCCUCUCCGUCUUCGCCGUUUUUCUUCCUCCUCCCCACUUUUUUCUUCACUUAUACCCCCACCCACCUUUAUCCCCCUCUCUCACUCUGGCUUACUUGAUGCCUCGGUCUCAUGAAUUGUAA